AUGAGCCUGGCGUUGAAGGCGUUUCGCGGCGCGUAUCCGCUUGUCCAGAAGCGUUUCGGCGGUACGGGGCUGAUGGUGCACCGCGACACGAACGACAACAACCUGGCCGUCAAAUUCGCCUUCACCCCGGAGAAUCUGAAGCGCAUCGAGGCGAUUAAGGGAAUCUACCCCGAGGGCCACAAGAGCGCCGCCCUGAUCCCCGUGCUCGAUCUGGCGCAACGGCAACACGGCUGGCUGCCAAUUUCGGCGAUGCACGAGGUGGCCAAGGUGUGCGGUGUGCCCCGGAUGCGCGUCUACGAGGUGGCCACCUUCUACACAAUGUUCAAUCGGCAGCCGGUUGGCAAGCAUUUUCUGCAGGUUUGCGCGACGACCCCGUGCAUGCUUCGCGGCGCCGAGUCGAUCACCGCCUGCAUCGAGAAAAAGCUGGGCAUCCACGCGGGCGAGACGACCGCCGACGGACUUUUUACGCUGGCUGAGGUGGAAUGCCUUGGUGCCUGUGUGAACGCGCCGAUGGUGCAGAUCAACGACGACUACUACGAGGAUUUGACCGCCGCCGACAUGAACGAGAUCAUCGACGAGCUGAAGGCCGGCAAGCGACCGAUCCCUGGGCCUAAG